ACGUAACGGCACAACACGAGAGUAGGGAAAACUUACUGACUAGGUAGCAGCAGCAGCAACAGCCAGCCCAGACCAGACCAGACCAGCAGCGCGCGGGUUCAAAUGUUGUUAUCCUGCCGCCAGCUCGCCAUUCCAUCGCGGGAGUUGAUCGCGUUGAAGUCGCGGUGUUGCGCGCGCUAUUCUUGAUUGUUGUUGGUGGCGUGGCGUCGGUAGCGUGUCUAUUUUUAGUUCGGUGGUGCAAUUUUCGCGAAACGUUCAAAAUCUGCGCGCCAAAGUGCCUUGGGUUCAGUCAGUGUGGGAAAAUGUGAUGAUGCCCUCCUAUGAUGGUGGCCUGUGAUUGAGUGAGCUUUUGUCAGUUUCGCGUUUCAUCAACUAAUCAAAACACCAAAAAAGCAAAGCUUCCAAGUUUUCUGGGUGAGGGGGUCCAAGUGCGAGGGGCGGAACCGGACGGAAAAGGCAAAGUUUUAUCGAUUCUGAACAUUAAAAACAAACACCACAUUACUACACCCUGGGGUUGCUGUUUGCAGCCACAACCGAAUACAGCGCGUCGAAGUGCUCGUUCUGAAGGAAGCAUAGCAACCUGCUUCCGUCGUCGUCGACCAACUGCCUCAAAGCUCGCUCGAAAGCUACUUCCAAACGAUGGUCGGCGGUCCAAGUUGGCGUGAUUUUUAGUGCAGUGCCUCGUGGAACAAAGCAAUCCGAAAUUCAGUGUCUUUCCGUGGAAUUAAUCUAGUAUUCAUUGGAAGAAACGCAUGCAUCGAAGAAGUGGCCGUAGUUUGAAUAUGAAUCUUACCCAAGCGUGCACAGGAUUAUGAAUGCAGUUCCCUUAUUUAGUGUCUUCUACCUAUCAUCAACGGUGUGGAUUUACGCAGUAACAGGAGCACUAAUCCAUCGACUUCCAGAAAACGUUUCGGCGUACGAUAAGAAUGUCAAACCAGGUUCACUCACCGAGGUGUCAAUCUCCCUGUACAUCAACCGGAUAUCGGGAGUGGACGAGAACAAGGAGGAAAUAUCAAUCGACGCGUUUCUGCAAGUCACCUGGGAGGAUCCCCGACUGGUGCCGGACGACCCCAGCGGUACCAUGACCAAGGAGUACAUGGAGCUGACACCGACCGAACAGAUGACGGUGUGGGUUCCCGACCUGUACAUCCGGCAGCUGCGGGAGAUGAAGGUGAUGACCCUGUUCGAGGAAAUCAGCAAGCUGCGGCUGUACAAAAAUAGCACCCUGGUGCUGACCAAGGGAGCCACAAUCAUCUUCAAGUGCGACAUGGAUUUCGUACUGUAUCCGUUAGACGUACAAAGAUGCCCAGUAGAUUUUAGUAGCUACAAAUAUAGCGUAAGAGAAAUGCGCUUCCGUUGGAAAAACGACAACGGCCUGACGUUCCCGAAAGAUUUCGGAGAUGGGUUCUUCCGACUGCCAAAGUACGUCGUAUCAUUCUACACCGAGCAGAAUCCACAAACGAUUCACUACGGUGAAGAUAACCACAGUUCCGCCCGGCUGGAGAUAACACUGUCGCGCGAAGUCAAGAGCUACCUGCUGGAAAACUACCUUCCCUCGACACUGUUCGUGUCCAUGUCCUGGGGAUCGUUCGUCGUCGUUCCGGAAAUCGUUCCGGGUCGAAUGGUCCUGCUGGUGACGACACUCCUCUCCCUAAUCACCAUGUUCGACACGGUUCGGAACAAUUCGCCGGAUGCACUGGAGCUCAAAUGUCUGGAGGUGUGGCUGAUAUCCUGUACACUGUUCGUGUUUUUCGCGCUCAUGGAGUAUUUUAUAGUACUGUUCGGCAUUCGGUACGAUAAACACUGGCGAGUGGCAACCAAGGCCCAUCAUGUGCAGGUCGCACCCCCGGUGCAAAUCCAAUCGACGUUGUCACUUUCGCCGAACACCGUCGAGACACCGAUGAACUCCAGUCAUGCUCCGCAGCGCGAAAAUGGCCUGGAAAGCACCGGACUCAAGGUGACGGGAACGAACAAGGUGCAACCGCAGGAGGCCGAUUCAUCCAAGGUCAGCUCGAUAGGGAACCUGUCGGGCAAUUUCCAAACCACUCAACACGUGACUUCCGUUAUGACCAGAAGGCGUGUUCACAGCUUCCGCAACGUGGCCGACGUGGCGCUGAUGUAUGCCGGCUCUCAACGGGGCCGGUUGGACCAAAUCUCGCUCAUUAUCUUCCCGCUGAGCUUUCUCAUCUUCACAAUCGCCUACUGGACAAUGUACAUUAGCGAAUCCAAUCAUCGGAAGAAGAUGUAGUAACUGAUGCUUUUCCACACCGUCCAAUCAGUUUUGUACCAUCAGUAUACUUAAACGAGUCUUGUUCAGUAGUUGACUAGUCCAUAUUUAUCGUAGGUUAGAAAAGAUCUUUGAAUGCAAUUCAAGAACGCAUGAUGAAUCAACAAAACAACAUAUCGUUAUAUGCAAUCGACUUUGCCUUCAAAAGUAUUUUUCCUCUAGUCAAAUUGCUUUCAAUAAGAGACAAAACCAAAAAAAAAACAAUGUACACCAAACAAUGAAACAAUUGCCUUUACCAUUGUACAGCAUUCUCAUCUAGUGAUAUAGUUAACUCCGCCGAGGAGACUAUUGUUUUAGUUAGAUAUGUUAAGUUUCGCCUCAUUAUUCCAAUUUUAAAAUCGUUGAUAAGUAUUUUAUUAAAAUUAUAUUCUAAGAUUAAG